GAGGAGCGCGAGCCCCCUCUGCUUUGGAACCACUGAGCUUUCCUGUCGUCCAACGGCAGGCUCAGCCCUGCACGCGCUGUUGUGUUUCCACACAGGACAGGAGCAGGACACAGAGACACAGAGCAGGAACCAGAGACACUGAGCAGGACACGGAGACACGGAGCGGGACACAGAGACACGGAGUGGGACGGGGGCCGACCUGCCGGUGUCCCUUCAGAAGACACAGCCUGUGGACCAAUGACUGUGAUUCAUAUGGAUAAGCAGUAACUAACUGUAUCGAGUCAGACCCGUGGAGCCGGCUCACUGAGUGCCAGAUAUCCGGGUUUCGCAGACCGGAGCUUUCUUCAAGAAAGGACCGUGAGCUUCACUGAAGGAUGUAUCGGUACCUUGGCAGCGUGUAGGGACAUUAUCAUCCUAGAAAAGGAACGUUAGAGGCUCGCGCCAGUUGUCAUUUACUGCUGACAGCCGAGCCCUGGCCGGCUGCUGUCACUCUUUUUCCGCAGUUUGGUGGAGUUCAGAAAGUCACUCAUGUUCCUCUGUGGGUAGAUGAAGGAAUAUGAUGUCACAGCUCGUGAUAAGAGGCCCAGUUUUUGUUGACUUCUGUAACCAAUCCAAUAAGAUUCUGUCCCCACUGGUUGCUUUGAAAACUUAUGUGAAAUCAGUAAGCUGUUUGUGAGCUCUUCACUUGAACAUAUCUAUAACAUAAUAGUGUGAGUGCAUUUGGAGUCCUCUGAAUAGUUGCCAUCCUGUUCAUGUGCUGUUCCCAUUAUUUGGUCCAGCAGCUGCAGCUCCACUGCAGCCUAUCUGUGCUCAGUGUGUGUAUCAGUGUGGGUUAUUCACAGUGCUGCUAUGCAGACUGACUGGAGCCACGCUCAGACAGCUCCACUGUAACCCCAGUUCUGAGGCAUAGGCCUGGACUGCCCUCACAGAAAGAAAGCUUUACAGCUGAGGAAAGCUCCCUGCAAGUCUCCGUCCAGAGGGACGACUUGUGUGGAAUAGCAGAUGUUACACAGCUUUGUGUACUAAUGUGGAUCAUUCAGGAUGCUGUUAUGCAGACAGAGUGGAGCCACAGAAAUUCUGCUGGUAAAGUUAAAGUAACACACAUGGCUGUGCAGCUUCUGUCAGUGCAGUUGGACAGCUUGUGUUACACAGUUGGCAGCUGAAGGUUUGUCAGGAAGGUAGUUGGGUUUUUUUGUUUGUUUUCUUUUGCUUUGCUGGGUUCGUGUAGUAUUGGACAAAACUCAGGCUGGUUAAGUAUGUGUACAUUAUGAAUUGGAAAGUUUCAUGGACUGGGACCCAAAGUUCUGUCAGAAACACAAAAGUCCACUCUGACUUUUUCAUAGUAAUGAAGCAAAUACUCCUAGCAGGUGAAAGUUUAGAGAGAUGACAAUCACAUAGUGAGUGACUGUGGAAUUGAAACAUUUUGUUGGACACUCCUGAAGACUUUGCAUUCAGUACACAUAGUUCAGUUUCACUUGCGUUUUGCAUAGUUGAAAAUUAAAUGUUUUGUUAACAGUGAUUUCACUUCACUUGUUUGUCGGUUACACUAAUUGUCUGAAAAUGAAGAACCCUCAUCCACUGUGUAAUACCUGGAAUAGGUCUGUUAGCAAAGACCCAGUCCUGAUCUCUGUGCCAGACACUAACAAGAAGUUCAAGAGGAAGUCUCGGGAGCCUAAAAGGCUUUUCAGUGGCCCUGAGCCUGAAAGGACGAAAAUCUACCCAGCAAACAUGUCGGAUGUGGACUCAGUAGAUGACACCCAGACGGAAGCAUCUAGUGUCAGCAGGUUGGCUCCAUUACAGAGACAGCUGAUGAUGUCACAGGAGGGGAUGGCCAGUACUACAGGGUUAGGGUCAGGACUACCAGAAGGCAACGUGGCUUCAGCUCAGAGUGGUGCCAUAGACAUGAGAAUUGGCAUUAAUGUACCUGCCAUCACUUCCAAACUGUCCCAGUUACCUUCAUCUCCAUUUUCUAACUCUGAGAUCUCCCACUGGCCCACAGCCAUUUCCCAGCCUCUGUCCAACAGACUCAAACUGGGCCUGCGCUCCACUUUCCCUCUGUCAACACCAACCAGCAGCAGCCACAGCCACUCACCCAGCCACCGGGCCUUCUCCCUGGAGCCAUCUCUGUCAGGCCAAACCGGAGCUCCGCCUGUCCCCAGAGCCUCCCACGCCUCCCAGUGUCAUGAACAUGUGGAGCCCCACGUCCAGUCUCCCAAGGAGUCUACCAGGAAGCGGGCUGGGGUGAGUGGUGAUGGACCUGGGCGUCUUCCAGAGGUCAAAGCCAUCCAGCAGACCAGGAGGCUUCUAGCCAACGCCCGAGAGAGGACCCGUGUCCACACCAUUAGUGCUGCAUUCGAGGCCCUGAGAAAGCAGGUGCCAUGUUACUCCUAUGGUCAAAAGCUAUCCAAGCUGGCAAUAUUACGUAUAGCCUGCAACUACAUCCUGUCUCUGGCUCAGUUGGCUGAGUUGGACUACAGUUCAGACCACAGCAGUCUGAACUUCUCGCAGUGUGUGGAGCAGUGUACCAGGACCCUGCAGGCCGAGGGGAGGAGCAAGAAGAGGAAGGAGUGAAGCUUACGACAGUGGAUGGGUCCAAUACAUGAACCUCUAACAAAGCUACAAGGAGAAUAUUGGAGGGGAAAUAUGACAAGAUGAGGAUCAGAGAAAAGAUGAACAAGUGAAUAAAUGGAAGCGUAAAGUACAUUAAACGUACUUUUUUUUUUGUCAUGACUUGCUCUCACCACUCAUUAGCAGAGGAACUAACAUCAGUACUUAUCUGAGGUGUAAUUGUGAAAGUUCUGUACAUUAAGGCCACACCAUCAACGAAAGAGAUGCAAACUGACGAAGGGACUAAAAGAUUCAGCCCGUGGAAUCCCUCAGCAAUAACCUCCACUUAACUAUGCAUACAGCUGCACACAUUGUAUUGCUGUGCUCCAGGUCUGUUUUGGAGCCACUGUUGCCUUGCCAAUACCCUGUUUAAGUAUGUACUUCAUGGUAACACUCACUUUGAGCUGGUAAAAUCGCUAUCAGCAUGAAGCUUGUCUGGUCACUUUAAUAAGGAUCAAACUUUUGAACUCAAACAGCAGAUUUCACAACAGUUUAAGCAGCUCAUACAUUAAACAAUUUUUAAUAGUAGAUGUUUUAUAGUUUAUAAGCCUGUUAUAUUUCAAAAUAUGCCAGUUAUGUUUAUUCAGUACAAAUAAAAAGAUUUGG